AUGGCUGAGGCGGCGGCGGGAGUUUCCCCGCGGGGCGGCGGCGCGGGUAGCCUGUCGGAGGAGCCACCGAGCGGCCUGGAGCGCGAGGGCCCCGUGCGCUGGGACGGGCGCCUCACGCACUUCGUGGCCCGCGACUUCGAGCAGCAGAUGCGGCGCAGCGCCGCGCCGGGCUCCGGCUGCCUCAUCCCCGCCGUGGACCCCGCGGCGCUGCAGGACCUGGCGGCUCUGGCCGUGCAGGCGGCGGCGCAGGUGGACGAGCUGCUGCGCAGCGUGCACGGCGCCCUGCAGGCCCUGACGGCGCUGAGCGUGGGCUGCAUCCAGACGUACCGCGACGGCGUGGAGAGCCUGGGCGAGGCGGUGGACACCAGCAUCCGCUCCAUGUACACCCUGAUGGCGCGCUGCGAGGAGCUGGACAAGGCGAUGCAGCCGGUGCCCGCCUUGGCUCGGCGCAUCCGGGACAUGAAGGGGGCGCUGGAGAAACUCGAGGGGCUCUGCAAAUAG